AAUUCCUCCUCAAUCCCUCCCCAAAAUUUCCCAAAUUUGAGAUCAAGAUCGAAAUGGGGAGGGGGAAGAUCGAGAUCAAGCGGAUCGAGAACUCGACCAAUCGCCAGGUCACGUUCUCGAAGCGCAGGAAUGGGAUCAUGAAGAAGGCGAGGGAGAUCAGCGUGCUCUGUGAGAGUGAGAUCUCCGUUGUUGUUUUCUCGAGCCUUGGCAAGAUUAGCGAGUUCUGUAGCCCUAAUACUACAUUGCCGAAGAUGUUGGAGAAGUAUCAGCAGCAUUCUGGGAAGAAGCUUUGGGAUGCGAAGCACGAGAAUUUGAGUGCGGAGAUUGAACGGAUCAAGAGGGAGAAUGAUAACUUGCAGAUCAAGCUCAGGCACUUGAAGGGUGAAGAUCUGAACUCGUUGAAUCCGAGAGAACUGAUACCAAUUGAAGAAGCCUUGCAGAAUGGCAUGACUAACGUUCGCGCUAAGCAAAUGGAUUUCUUGAAGAUGCUCAAGCUAAAUGGGAAGAUGUUGGAAGAGGAGAAUGAGAAAUUGGCUUAUUAUCUGCACCAUCAGGAAUUAGCAAUGGAACGGAACCGGCAUGGAUGCCACCAGGGAGGGACAGAUUAUGCAUCGGAGGUGCAGAUGGCUUUGGGAGUGCAACCAAUGCAGCCAAACUUGCAAUUGGCUAAAUAGCAGCGCCCUUCGUGCUUUCAGAUAGUAUUGUGAUUUUCUUAUGAUUUAAAUGCUUGCAUUAUCUUACAUUAGUGCAUUCCUGGGGUCGUAUCGCUAGUUAUUUAUCUUUGUGUGCUCAAUUUAGGAACUUGUGUGCUAAAGUUUCCUUUGUUUCAUGUAACUGAACAAAGUAUUGUCCUUACAUAACUACAUCAAUGUAACAAAAUUUUGUUGCUGAAGAGUUAUUCACUCUGUUUGACUGCUUCAAACAAAAUUCAUAUGCUCC